GCUGUUGUCGUAAAGGACAAGCCAACCGUACGUUGAAAUUAUUUAAGGAAUUUCUGGGAGCCUUUCUUAAUGCCUACCACAGGCUCAACAUCAACGCAACACGUAGUAAACCUCGAUGUUGACGAACGUAACGGAUGCCCAAGUUUAUCCAAUAGGAAUCUAACAUUUGGCAGGACAUCUGAUUAGACGUGAACCACAACAGUGACAAGUGCGUGCGUGCAAAGGUGCCAAUAGAUGCGUGUCGAGCCGUGCGUUGAAGUGUUUCUUCUACCCACAUACUGGAGAAAGUGUCUGGUGAAGAAUUACUCGAAGAAGAAGUAGCCGUUCGAUUACAUACACACCGGGCCCGGGAAGGUCGUUCGGAACAUCGGGGUGAUCGUAAAUCGGAAAAUCAGCUGCAAAGCGUGGCGCCCACCGUACGUGGAGCACGCGAACACAUUUGAGGGAAGUUUAUUGUGCCGUUAAGUGUUGCUGAGCUGAGCCGAAACCAAGUUGACAAACGGACGACCGUCUGGCGUUUUGCAGAGCACUCGACAGGUUGACGUACCUAUUCGUGCCCGCUCCCGUACGCCUGUUCGAGGUGGCGGAAAUUAUUUUCGGCAAAGAAACAGAUCGUGAUACCGUUAGUGAGUGAUUUGUUUGGGGCGGAACACUAGGCCCUUCGCACCAUGGCCAAACUGAAAAUAGUGGGCGGGCGGCCCAUAACAAUGGAUGAGGCGAUUGAACUUCGCCAGACAGUUUUCGGCAGUGCUGCGAGUCCCCCACGUGGCGAAUGGACUCGAACAGGAUUCAUGUUCGGCCCGGCAAAUCAAGAGUAUCCAUACGGUUUGCGGACACCACGCAAUGCGACCCGCGGUAUGCAAUCCGUGAUCCAAGCCCACAUUAUCAAACAGUUCAUUUUUGAUAACAAACCGCGCGAAAAAUCCGUCCCUCUCGAGGAGCUGCUGAAGCCAACGGAGGCAGAGCAAGCGCUAUCCCUGUACACGGCGAUGUCGGACAUUUUGUGGAACAUAGGCGAAAAGACGAAGGCGAUUGUGGCUUUACCAGGCGAAGCAUCGCACAUUCCUCACAGUCACGUCUACUUCCAGGAUAACGUAACCGAGAAGCUGUACUUCUUUGAGUUUACCAAACUCGACGAUCUGCAGAUCUUUAUGAAACGCUACUUGCCUUAUUUUACAGAAAAUCCUGGCCCCGGCACUCUGCUGUAUCUCUAUAGUGCUGUUCUAACGCGUGGCAUGGAGAACAUGCGAAACGACCUUGAUGCCCCGAAGGGAGCCCAUCUGAUGGGACCACACGAAGAGGGCUCACUGAAUGUGAUCACACUCUUGCUAACCGGCCGGGCUACACCAUAUCUACACAAUGGUGUUGUCUACGUGGGAGACGAGGAUCACUAUGCCGUACCACAAUUCGGAAUUCUCAGCCGGGGAGCCAUCGGGUUGCUGGUCUGGGAAGGGGAGAAUGAAGCUAUGAGGUCGGCUUCGCGAAUGCCGGGUUCACGUCUGAAAACUCCGGCCACGCCGGUAUGGGUAAGCUGCUGCUGCGGCCACUACGGCGUGCUGUUCAACUCGAACAGAGAGCUGCUGCGGAACUAUCACGCAGAAAAGCGAUUUGAGUUGCAUUACUACACGUGCGCCGGAUGCUACCUUUCGAUGACCGUCGACAACCGUGGGCAGGAGGAGGGUGGCGGUGACAACGGCGACCAGGAUGGCGACCGGAAGCGUGAUGACAUGAUUUCGACUCCUCUCGAAAGACUUAUACACACGAAAUGGAUGGACGCAAAGAUUACGUACCAUGGUGCGCUGCCAGCUUCCUUAAACUUUUAAGGCUAAACCACAAUUGCAAAAUAACUAAACACUUUAUUACGAGUGAUUUUUUAUUUAAGACAA